AUUCUUUUUUAACAUACGAAUCUCGAAGUUUACAAGAUAAACCUCUCUUUCUUAUCGAAAACUAUAUAGAGUCAAGACGAGAUAGACAGUCUUUUUUUUUCUGUAAAUAACAGUUGUACCUUUUUUUUUUCUUUUCGUACUGGUCUUUUCUUCAAAAGAAUGACAGCAAAACUGUUGCCGAUACUAUGCAUUUUACUGUCUACCUUCUUUAGUAUCUUAAAUGCUGAAGAAGUGUAUCUAUCAAGUAAUGACUUUUCAGCUACUUCAUGUUCUGGUGUAUGGAGCAAGGAGGCUAUUCUUGGUGGCUCACAGCCUUAUAUCAAAGGUAUUUCUAUUGGACAUGAAUCGAAAGGAAAAGUAUCCAUGCUUAUCUAUGAAUGGCAAGACUUUGAAAAACUUGGCAUUUAUGAUGAGCAAGCAAAAGAAACCGUGUAUGUCUGUGAUCAAUUAGCUGUUUCGCAUAAACUCUGCAAGUCUUCAGAAAUCGGUCAAUUCAUUACCAAUAUUCCCAGCGAUCAAGCCAAUAGCACAAGUAUCUUGACUUCCACCAUUAACAUGACAGGUAAUCAAACCGAGAUGGCCUUGUAUAAGGUAGAUUAUACUGGAUAUUACUGCGUGGCUUUGGUCCCUGCAGGAGGACAAAAUGAAACCUAUUUUGAGGCUUGGGUGGAAUGGCGAUUUCCUUAUGGCGAAUUACCAGCUACAGAUUAUCCUAAAUUACUUUUGUAUGGCGCCUUGGCUUGUGUUUAUUUGGCAGUUGGUAUCUUUUGGGCCAUUCAAAGUUAUAGAAACUGGUCAGAUAUUCUCCCUGUUCAGCACUUUUUGUCAGCUACUAUUUUCUAUCUUAUUGUUGAAAUGGCCUUCAACUUUGGUUUUUGGGAAGCAUAUAAUCAAACAGGUCAAACAUCACUGUUGAAUGCAGGAAGAACAAGUAUGUCGUUCUUUAUGCUUUUGAUUGUAUGUAUGGGUUACAGUGUUGUCAAACCCAGCCUUGGUUCAGCAAUGAAGAAAUGCAUUAUUCUGGCAUGUACACACUUUUUCUUUGGUGUAAUUUAUACACUUGGUACUAUGCUCUUGACACCCGAGACAGCAGGUCUCUUAAUCUUGCUGGUCAUUUUCCCUCUGUCCAUCACCAUGACUAUCUUUUAUGUCUGGACCUUGAAUUCAAUUACAAGCACAAUUCAUGACCUUGAACUCCGUAAACAACAUGUCAAGGUCUUGAUGUACAAGAGACUUUAUCGCCUCCUUUUGUUCUCUGUUAUUGCAGUUGUCACUAUCUUUAUCUUGAAUAUGUUUGCCUUUUCAGGCCGCAUGGCUAUUGAUUGGGCUGCCAAAAACUGGAAGUUCCGUUGGGUCAUGUUGGACGGUUUAUUGAACGUGUUGUAUUUCAUUGUUUUCUUUGUGAUUGUGGUCUUAUGGCGUCCUACUAGCAACAAUGCUCGUUAUGGCUUGAUGCAAAUCAGUCAAGACGAAGAAGAAGCUUUGGAUCUGGAAGAACGUUUGAGACGUGCAGAGCAUCCAGAAAAUCCCAAUAGAGGCAGAAAUAUUCAAGAUGAUGCAGCUGUUUUCGAAUUAGGUGGUGAACUCACAGAUGAAGAAGAAGACCAUCCUCCUAUUCAUAAAAAUGUUGAAUUGUCUGAUCUCAAGAACAAAUCUGGCUAUCAUCGUCCUGGAAGAGGCGGUGAACAAAGUGCAUUGUUACACGUAGAUCAAGAAGAAGAGGAUGAUGAUGAUCAGUGA